AUGCCAGAGGAGAAUGGUAAAGGCAGUGUUAGUUCUAAGAAAGGUUUCAAAAAAGCCGUGACUAAAACUCAGAAAAAGGAGGAGAAAAAGCGCGAGAGAUGUUGCAAAGAGAGCAAUUCACUCUAUAUCUGUAAGGUAUUAAAACAAGUUCAUCCGGAUACUGGUAUUUCUUCGAAGGCUAUGAGCACUAUAAAUUUUUCUGUUACUGGUAUAUUUGAGCGUUUCGCGGCGGAGGCGUCCCGCCUGGUGCAUUACAACAAGCGUUCGACCAUCACAUCUGGGGAGAUCCAGACAGCAGUGCGCUUGCUGCUUCCUGGGGAAUUGGUCAAGCGCGCAGUGUCCGAGGGCGCCAAGGCUGUCACUAAGUACAGUGGUUCCAAAUAA